AUGCAGAAGUCGGGAAUUACAGAGAAUGAAGCGGAUGAAUCAGAUUCUUUAUCUGAUGAUUCAAACUAUCAUAAACCGUUACGCAGAAGGAGAAGUGCAACUGUAUCACCUGCUGCGGGAACUCGUUUCAGACAUCACUCUAAGAGCAGGCGACGUUCCGAAAUGAAUUUGAUAGCGCAUAAACAGGCUCCUUCACUCAGACGACCUGAUGGAUCACGUAUUUCUUCAGACGUAUCGCCAAGAUAUGAACACAAAGACAAUUUACGGAAAACAAACAGUAUGCCAAGCUUUGAACAAACCCAGCAGGCACAUGUCGAAGCUAUACGGCAAUUGUUGGAUUUAUUCCCAAUUUCUCCUUGCAAUCAAAGUUCAAGUGCUCAUGAGGUUUGGCAGUCAUGUCGACAGAAUUUAGUGCCAAAAAUGGUCGGAACAGAAUCCGAAGAUGAUAUUAUCAAUACAGAUAUCGAAGAACUACGUGAUGCGGCUCAAAGUAUUCAAUCGUUACAACGUGUUCUAAAGGUUCCGCCAGAAUCUACAAAUAUAAACGUGGAAAUGGUUGAUAGACGAACCAAUUGUCCAGUGGAGGGAGAUUCAAGUUCGGAAAGUCUUCGUCAAUCUGGCAUUGCAUCACGAUUAGGUGGACAUCCACGUGGUGUUAUCCAAUUUCUUCCAUCUGCUAAACAAACUGAAUUCUUCCCAACACUGGACACCUAUAACACGUAUAACAAAAAUAAGACAAUGGAUAAAAAAAGUUUGUUACGACGGAAAACUUCUCUUCCAGAAAUAUAUGAUCAGGUAUGUAAUUCUAGUGAUAUUAUUCGACCGAAAGCAGUGAAUAAUUCUUACAAGAGUGGUCGAUGGUCAUUUCGUGGUGACACUUCAAAUCUUCCAUAUUCAUCGCAAAAUGCCGAACUUAUGGAGCAAAAAGCGCCCAUAGAUUCAUUAACUGGUGUUAGUCGCUUCUCAAAACUAUUGAGAUCAUUGCGUUCCUCCAGACAAAAUUCACCAGAACCUCAAACUUCCAAUUCGUGGAAUCCUUUGAUUUAUACAAAACCUUCCAGUGGUUUAACCAAUCCAAUGAUGCAAGCCGAUCUGCUACUUUGGAGUAAACGUUCUCGAGCAUCGAUCCGAAGGCAUAAUGAUGUCCGCAAUAUGGCUAUUAGGGAACUUUGCGAUACUGAAAAAACAUUCGUUGAAAACUUGGAAUAUCUCACUCAAAAGUAUAUGCGACCUUUACGACAGCCAUUGGAAUGUACGUUGAUAGAUCCAGUAUUAGCUGAUAAAAUUUUCUACAAAGUUCCAGAAAUCCUAAUUCAUCAUCAGCACUUUUUGGCAGCAUUGUGCGACAGAUUGGAUACAUUUCAAAUAGAUGCAAGAAUCGGUGAUGUGCUUCUUUCUCAUUUUCGAAAGCAAUCAAUGGUUGAUACGUACAUCGCAUUUGUUGAUAAUUUUAAAUUUUCUAAACAAAGUAUAAAACAAGCACGUGAACGUCCCGCAUUUGAAAAAUAUUAUAUGCGUUGUCGACGAGAUCAUCGAAAUAAACUGGAUUUAGAUUCUUUGCUUAUUUCACCAAUACAACGUGUUCCACGUUACGAAUUAAUUGCAAAGCAAAUAAUCAAGCAUACGUCGGUGGAACAUGCUGAUUAUGAUAGCUUAUUGUUGGCUCAAAAAUACAUUCAUGAAUUGGCAACCAAAAUUAAUCGCCAAAAAGAAGAAAGUGAAGAAAUGGAACAAAGGCUACGUGAAAUUGAAGCAAUUGUUGACGGUCUCGAUGAUUUGGUGACAACUGGACGAUCGUUUAAUCGUUAUGAUGUUGUAACGAUUCUUGGUAUAAAGCAAAGCAAACAGCGUUGUCUAUUUUUAAUGUCCGAUCAGAUUAUCGUAACAAAUGUAAAAAGAAAAUCAUCACUUUCAUUUCAUGCGCCAGAUUUCUUAGAUAACAACCGUUUCAAAUUACUUUUCAAGAUUUCACUGGAUGAUGUUGUGAUUGCAAAAGAUACUUUAUCAUUGCUGCAUACGGCUGAAAUGGAAUUGCAAAAUGCUCAAGAAGAUAUAGAUAUUGUGAAUAAAAUGAAUGAAUUAUCAAAAUUACUGAAGAAACCAAAUAUUGAAUUAGCAAACAUGUUAGAUAAUCUUGAAACUGAAACAAUGCAUCGAAAACGAAUUCUUCAGGAACAGCUAACAUCAGAUCCAUUACUGACUAUUGUACAAUUGCAAGUUACAACUAUGAAUGGUGUUGGUCUACUUGUAAUACAGUUUCCUAGUGCUGAUCGACGCGCCAUUUGGGAGAAUGAAUUCAUAAAAGCGAAAACUUCGCUAAAGAAUGAAAUGCGAAAUGAAGAAAGGCCAAAUCAUCUGAAAUCGAUUGUAACGCAUCGAACUCGUCCUGGUCUUACGUUCUCUGUAGCAACUGCAACUCUCGGGAAGAGUGCAGAAGGAGCACCAAAUGUUUGGGUUUGUGCAUCAGAUAAAUUUUCCGGUCAGGUUGCAGUUAUAAAUGUAAACGGUGAACCAAUUAUAGAAAACACUACAAGCAUCGGUAAUGCAGCAAUCGUUGCAAUCUGUUCCGUACCCACUCCAAGGAAAAAAAGAAGAUUAGCAAAAUUGGUGAACUCAUCGGUGAGAGAUAUACCUUGUUUGGAGCUGGACAGCACUUCAUCAGAAUCGGGUGAAUCGGAUUUUGAAACAGUUCGACAAAAUGUUCAGUCCACUAUCUGGAUUGGCAAUGAAGACGGCGAAAUAUUUGUUUUCAAUUUUUUGGAUAACGUUCGAUUGAAAGCUUGUGAAAGGAUGGCCAGACUUCCGAUGCCUGUGGAUGACAUCGUUUAUUUAGAAGAAAAAGUUUUUGUUUCGAUCUCAUCAAAUUCGCACAUUCAACUAUUACAUUUCCAGAGAAAUAAAGAAGGUAAAUGGGAUUUGGACAAUCCAAAAUCAGUUCAAAUAAAUUUUCGCAAACGUUUGAGACCAAUGAGCGUUGCUGCUUCACGGCUUUGUUUUGCAUCUGGCAAUUCAGUUUAUCUGUUGAAUGCUACCACUUUGCAAAUUGAGAAACAAGCAGCAGUAAGCACAAGUGCAAUGGAAACGGUAACUUGCUUGGCUGUACUUGGUUCAACAAUUUUUGUAGCCAUGAAUAAAUCGUCGACUGUUAAAGUAAUCAAUGCCUUUACUCUGGGCUGUCAGCAGGAGUUUAGUAUUUCACAUGUUGUCAAUAAGGCAUUGUCGAGUAGCGAAGAUAUCAUUCGGAAACAUAAGAUGGGAUGUUUGAGGAUAACAUCACUUUUAUGUUGUAACAAUCGUCUUUGGAUUGGUACUUCUGCUGGUAUUGUUAUCAAUACGGUCAUUCCGAAUAGCAAACUAUUAAAUUGGACACCUUCUUUGAACGUGUGCCAAGCAAGGCAUAUCGGACCUUGUAGAUUUCUUACCGCUGUUUCGGCUACAGCAACACCAUCAUUCGAUUUACGACGUCGACGAAUGUCACUCAAUGCUCCUACAUUACAACAGAUUGAACAGAUGUUCGUAGUAAGUGGUGGUGAAGGAUUCGAUGGUGGUACUAAACAAGUUGACGGUGACAAACGUGAAAUUGAUGAUUCCUUGAAUUAUUUGUUAUUUUGGUCUGCUUAG